GCCCCAUCACGCACCUGACUGAGAUACCUGAGUGUAAAAGUCGCGCGCUGGAAUGUAUGUCUGGAGCUGCCACUGGAGGGGGAGGAGCCCAUUGACGAUGUCGAAGCUUUCUUCAGAGGUCUCAUACCGCUGGAGUCGUCUUUCACAGCCUACCAAGUCAGGAAUAUUGUUUGUCUAAUACAACGCGGAAUAAACCCUCCGCGUUGGACCAAGGAGGACAGAGGAGUAAUGAAAGAGGUGGAAAAGGGGAAUGAUGCUGGAGGAGGAGGAGGGAAGGACGGGACCAGAAAAUCAGAAAAAGAUCAGAGCUGGAUCCCCAAGAUCAUAAAGAAGAGAGUGUGCUCUGCGUUAAUAGAGGACUCCUUCAGCAAUGGGGCUCUUUGUCAGUGUGGAGGGGUGCGGGAGAUGCACAGCUCUGUUGCCACGGGGGAUUAUUUUGGGGCUGCCAUCGUGAGCCAGUGGGACAGCGCCCAGCAUUCCUCCGAGUACCCCACAGAUGCCUUCGGGGAGGUGGAGUUCGCCGGGGCGGGCAGAAGACACAGUCACUUCCUGCGACUAUCGUGCGACACGUCUCCACAGAUAAUCUACACACUGAUGACGGUUCACUGGGGCCUGCCCUCCCCCAACCUGGUGGUGUCGGUGGUGGGGGGAGAGGGCCGCGAGGCCAUGAAGCCCUGGGUCAGGGAGGUGCUCCGCAUGGGCCUGGUACGCGCUGCACAAAGCACAGGAGCGUGGAUUUUGACCGGUGGCCUGAGGGAGGGUGUUGGCCGUUGUCUUGGGGAGGCGGUGAGGGACCACCAGACUGCAGCCUCCUCGUUGUCCCAGAACAAGGUCAUUGCUGUGGGUGUGGCUCCCUGGGGGCUCGUACACAACCGCCAACAGCUGGUCAACGCACAGGGAAGCUUCCCCGCCCGCUAUUAUGUUCAGAACACGUCACGCGACUCUCGCUGCCUGGAUAACAACUACCAGGCCUUCCUCCUGGUGGAUGAUGGGAGUGUAGGCCGUAGAGGCGCCGAGGUGCGCUUCAGAGCCAACCUAGAGGACUACAUCUCCCACCAACGCACUGGCAUCUGGGGCAGUGGCAGCAUUGAGAUUCCAGUCUUGUGUAUGCUGAUAUCUGGGGAGGCCUCCAUGCUCGAGAGAGUAGAUCAGUCUCUGCGUAAGGCGACCCCGUGGCUGGUCCUGAAGGGGUCUGGGAUGGCGGCGGACCUGAUCUGUGAGCUGCUGGUGGAGCUGUCUGUGAUGCCCCAGAGCCCCACCUCGCCCGCCCCCGAUGGGGAGGGUCCGGGUCCGGGCCUGGAGCAGAGGGAGCGGGUCAGGGAGCGCAUACACAGGGCCUUCCCCAGCGAAGCAGACCUGGAGAAACUAGUGGAUCAGGCUCUGAGUAUUUUCCAGAAUAGAGACCUCAUCACAGUGUUCCAUGGUGGUCAGGAAGGGGCGGAUGACUUUGACACAGUGCUGCUGAAGGCCUUGGUCAGAGCGAGCAAGCGUGUGUCCAGUGAUGCCAGUGUGAACAUCGAGGAGCUGAAGCUGGCUGUGGCCUGGAACAGGGUGGACAUCGCCAAGAGUGAACUCUUCAAUGGCGACAUCCAGUGGCGGUAUGAGGACCUUGAGGACUCCAUGACGGACGCGCUGGUGAACGACAAGCCCCAGUUCGUGCGGCUCUUCACCGAGAACGGCCUCAACAUCCUGGACUACCUGACUAACCAGCGCCUGGAGAGCCUCUACAAGUCGGUGUGUGACAGCUCCCUGGUCUACGCCCUGCUGCAGCGCAAGCUGAACGAGAGGCAGGGCCUCACCAACCUCUCCCCGGCCUCCUCCACCCCUCCGGACGACUCCACCCCACUCAAGAGCCCCAUCAGCCCCCUCAAUGACCCCAGCUCGGCCAGGGAGCUCAGCCUCUACGAGGUGUCAAGAGUGUUGUGGGAUCUGCUGGGAGAUGUUUGUCAGCCAUUCUAUUACGGCCCCCUGGGCCUGGACCAUGGCACCAGCACCAGGAAAGCCCUGAAGCAAGUGACCAAGACGUUGCUGGGGGAGUGUUCCUAUAAGGAGCAGCGGUGCCUGUCCCCCUGGGCCUCCCUCUUCAUCUGGGCCGUCCUGCAGAACCGCAGCGAGAUGGCCAUCUACUUCUGGCAAAUGGCAGGAGAGUCAGUGCUUAGUGCUCUAAGUGGCUGUAAGAUGCUGAGGGAACUGUCUAAGAUGGAGACGGAGACCGAUUCCAAACUGGCCAUGAAGGAGCUCGCCCAGCGCUUUGAGGACCUGGCACAUGAUGUGUUCAGCGAGUGCUACAAGAGUAGUGAGAGUCGUACGUACAAGCUGCUGAUCCGCAAGUCUCCAGUGUGGGGAGGAGCCACGUGUCUGCAGAUGGCCACCGCCGCAGAGGCACGACUCUUCUUCAGCCACGACGGAGUACAGUCAUUGCUCACUCAGAUCUGGUGGGGAGACAUGGCGGGCUCCACAGAGGUGUGGAAACUGCUCCUCGGGUUCUUCUGUCCUCCCUUCAUCUACACCAACCUCAUCGACUUCAGGGAACAGGAGUCAGAAGACCAGAAGAUAGAGGAGGUGCUUCAGCGCAGAGACAGUUUGGACGGAGGUGACGCCACAGUUUACUCUCUUGCAGACAUCCUGCACACGAAUGAAGAUGCAGAAGAAUACAAUGCCUUGAGAGACAAAUCCAAAGAUCAUUCCCAGUCCAGCCAAAAGCUGCCCUUCGUAUUCCAUAGAUGGCGGCAGUUCUGGUUCGCUCCCGUCACCUCGUUCCUAGGCAACGUGCUGAUGUACUUCCUCUUCCUCUUCCUGUUCGCCUACAUCCUAUUGGUUGACUUCAAAGGGCCGCCCAAAGGCCCCACGCCGGCAGAGUUUGUUUUGUACUUCUGGGUGUUCACGUUGGUCUGUGAGGAGAUUCGUCAGUCCAUUGUUGAAGGGUCUACAACAAUACUUCAGAGGAUGAAUCUGUACAUCCAGGACAUUUGGAACAAGUGUGACUUAACUGCCAUCCUGAUGUUUUCCGUUGGCCUUGUGUGCAGAAUGUUCCCGUAUACGUAUCGGUUUGGACGUGCCGUGAUGUGCGUGGACUACAUGGUCUUCACCAUGAGGCUCAUCCACAUCUUUGCCAUCAACAAACAGCUGGGACCAAAGAUCAUCAUGGUUGGCAAAAUGGUGAAGGACGUCUUCUUCUUCCUGUUCUUCCUGGGGAUCUGGCUGAUGGCGUAUGGAGUAGCCAAUCAGGCGCUGAUAUACAACUUUGACUCCCGUCCUGAUUGGAUAUUUCGCCGGGUGUUCUACAGGCCAUAUCUCCACAUAUACGGACAAGUUCCACUGAAUGAACUGGACGCUGGCAAAUUCUCUGAGCCAGAUGUGAACUGCACGCUGGAUGAGACGGCGAUCGAGGGGGGCGCGGAGCCGUGCCGGCAGACGGACACCAACUGGCUGGUGCUGAUCCUGCUCUCCAUAUACCUGCUAGUCACCAACAUCCUGCUGGUCAACCUGCUCAUCGCCAUGUUCAGCUACACCUUCAGCAAGGUUCAGGAGCGCGGCGACACCCACUGGAAGUUCCAGCGCUACAAGCUGCUGGUGGAGUACCACUCGCGGCCCUGCCUGGCCCCGCCCUUCAUCAUCAUCUCCCACAUACACCUCCUCAUCAAGAGGAAGAUACGCCGCGUGCCCUCUGUCAAGAUGAGGCACUUUGUCCUGGAGAUCAGGGGCAGGAAGGCCAGCCAGCUGAACACGUGGGAGUCCAUUCAGAAGGAGAACCUGCUGUCCAUGCAGAGCAAGAUGCAGCGCCACAGCGACUCCGAGAGGCUGAAACGCACCUCCAGCAAGGUGGAUAGCGUGCUGAAGCAAAUGGUGGAGAUCCGAGACCACGACCGCAGGCUGAGAAUGCUGGAGUCAGAGCUGGAGUACUGCUCCAGCGUGCUCACUUGGAUGGCGGAUUCACUGUCCCAGAGUAACCUGAUAAAACCACCACGCCCUCCCCCCACACGAAGAGAUUCGUGCUUGAGCUCUGCAGCCUCCACCAGCAGCUGAUGAAGGCCGAGGAGGAGCAUGAUGUGUCCCCUAGAGCAGUGUUUCUCAACUGGUGGGUCGCGACCCAAAAGUGGGUCGCGGAGGGGUCAUGGGUGGGUCGCAGAGCCUUGGUGUAAAAAAAACGUAAUUCUAAAAAAAAAAAAAUCCAACUUUUCAUGCAACAAUUUACAACUUUUAUUUUGAUAGGCUAGUGAACUCCGUGUCAUCUGUUAUCAUAGAUACAAUCUGAAUGUUUAUGCCAGAUAGAUAGCGUGCAACCAGUCAUUCGAGUCUUGGUUACAUUUUGAGAAUUGCAUUGAAUUGACUUGAACGCUAAAAAAAUUGGGUCACGACCGAAUGAGAGUGGAAAAUGGUGGGUCCCAAGACUGUUCCAGUUGAGAACCACUGCCCUAGAGGGUGACGUUGGGGGCACUGCAAACAGACGGACCAACACAUACACAAGCCAACACACAAAGAAGAUUAGAGGGUUUUUUUUUUAACCGAGAGGUGUUUGCAAUGACCAAAAAAGACUUUGGGGUGUUUAUCUGUCAUUGAAUGAACCACUAUGACGGUUUCUUAUAGCUGACGACACCAAAGGUUCCAACAUUUCCCGCGUUGUUUUGUUUUGUUGGUUGGUUGGUGAAAGCACAGAGAACAUUUUUGCUCUAGUCUCCGUGCUACAAUAUUGGGCUUCGUAAGGAUGUGAAUGGCCAUUGCGCUGUGAGAAGAGGAUGCAUUAGUGUGGACCUUAUUUUAGACUCUCUGCCUUACGCCACCCUCCUCCUGGCCUGUAAACUCAGCCCACACCUCUUGCAUAUGAAGAGUUCCGUGCAAAACGUCGUAUCCACCAUUUUUGACUUUUGCGUUUUAUUAUUGGAAAUGACUAUUCAGAAGUCCUAUCAUCUAUGUGUGAAUUCUUGUCAUUCAAAUAUUUUGAGAACAUACUUUUUAAACCUAUAUAAAAUGCAUGCUGCAAUGCAAUGCAAUGGAAUGUCCAAUGCAAAAACCUCAAUUUGCCAAAUCGUUCCAAAAUGGAUAUAUGUCAUUUUGCAAUGAAGCUCUUCAUAUGUACAGUACAGUAUGCAUAUUACUGGUGUCUGCUCAAUGUAUUCCUAUGGGCUGCAAAUUUCAAGUGAGUAAAAAAUGACUGCAGUCGUGAAGCCACAGCUCCCGUCAAGUCAUUUGAGUUUUGGCGGCAGAUGUAUUGUGGAGAAGAGAUGCGCUACAGUGUGUCUCAUACAGCGUUUCAUGUUUGAAGUACCGACAUAUACGUUACUAAAUCAGGGUAUGAUGACGCUUUCACCUCAUUCUACUGUCAAUCAACUUGCACAUUGUUUUUUUAUACUGAAAAACUGUUGAAUUGAACAAAUGUUCUGGUUUUUUUAUUCCUUAAAGAGUGUUUAUUACAAAACAGCUUACAGUUAUGCCAUGUGCGUUAUAUUGAAUAUACAGCGUACAGCAUUUCAGCUGCAUGCUAUGGGGUCAUUAUUUUUUUAAAGAUAUGCCAUUCUGUCUAAGAGACAUCGGACUAUAUUCGUGUUUGUUAUGGAGAGAAGGUUAGAAUAUGCCAUGUAGUACAACAAUGUACAUUUAUAUGUGUAAGCUGCUUUGCCAAUAAACUCUUAUAUUUUGA